GGCCCAAAAAAAUCUUAACGAAGCUCUUCUGUCCAUUAUUGGCACACGCAUUAAAGCACAAUAUCUUUUUGAACUCUUUCAACAAGUCCUAUAAAUUGCCCACUUCUUUGCCUACAAUUAUUCAAACCUUAGCCGACACUAAAAUAACAUCAUUUUUCUUUACAAUGAGAAAUUUCUCAUUAUUAUUAUGUUCACUUCUUAGUCUCCUCGCUACACUUACACUCGCUACAAAAUUUGACACCGGUGGGCUAAGCAGAAAGAGCUUCCCUAAGGGCUUUGUUUUCGGUACCGCGACAUCUGCGUACCAAGUUGAAGGCAUGGCUCAUAAGGAUGGCCGUGGCCCCAGCAUUUGGGAUGAAUUCAUCAAAAAACCCGGAAUUGUGGCUAACAAUGCAACAGCUGAUGUUACAGUGGACCAAUAUCAUCGGUACAAGGAAGAUAUCGAUAUAAUGGCAAACCUUAACAUGGAUGCAUACCGUUUCUCAAUCUCAUGGUCACGUAUUUUCCCAAAUGGUACCGGAGAAGUGAACUGGAAGGGAGUAGCAUAUUAUAACAGCCUAAUCGAUUAUUUGAUUAAGCGAGGCAUAACUCCGUAUGCAAAUCUUUAUCAUUACGAUCUCCCUCUUGCCCUCGAGAAGAGAUACUUGGGUUUGCUUAACCGGAGAGUUGUGAAAGAUUUUGCUGAUUAUGCAGAUUUCUGUUUUAAGACUUAUGGAGACAGAGUGAAGAAUUGGAUGACCUUCAACGAGCCUAGAGUUGUGGCCGCGCUAGGGUAUGAUAACGGGUUUUUUGCUCCAGGAAGAUGUUCCAAAGAAUAUGGUAACUGUACUGAGGGGAAUUCAGGUACAGAACCAUAUAUUGCAGCUCACAAUUUGAUUUUAUCUCAUGCUGCUGCAGUUCAAAGAUACCGGGAAAAAUAUCUAGCGAAACAGAAGGGAAGAAUUGGUAUUCUGCUUGAUUUUGUGUGGUAUGAACCGCUUACAAGAGGAAAGCAGGACAAUUAUGCAGCUCAAAGAGCACGCGACUUUCAUAUUGGAUGGUUUAUACAUCCGAUUGUGUAUGGAGAAUAUCCAAGAACAAUGCAAAAUAUAGUAGGAGAUAGGCUACCGAAAUUCACACCAGAAGACGUGAAGAUGGUUAAGGGGUCGAUGGACUUCGUAGGAAUCAACCAGUAUACAGCUUAUUACAUGUAUAAUCAACUAAGCAAGCCAAAGACGCCGGGCUACCAAGAAGACUGGCAUGCUGGAUUUAAUUUUAGUAAAAAUGGUGUCCAAAUUGGCCCCAAGGAAAACUCGUACUGGCUUUAUGAGGUACCAUGGGGUAUUUAUAAGGCGAUUACCUACAUAAAGGAGCGAUAUGGCAAUCCCACAGUCAUUUUGUCUGAGAAUGGUAUGGAUGAUCCGGGUAAUGUGACUCUUCCAAAAGGAUUGCACGAUACGAAAAGAAUUCAUUACUAUAGAAGCUACUUGCUUGCACUUAAAAAGGCCAUCGAUGAGGGAGCAAACGUUGUUGGCUAUUUUGCCUGGUCAUUAGUCGACAAUUUCGAAUGGAGAUUGGGAUACACUUCACGAUUUGGUAUAGUGUAUGUUGAUUACAAAGACCUUAAAAGAUAUCCAAAGAUGUCUGCUUAUUGGUUCAAGAACUUGCUUCAAAGAGGCUAGAUUAACUCGAGGGUGUUGUAUGAUCAACCACCUCUUUUAGUACGUAAAUGCUUAUGCUUUGUAACGUUUUCUAUUAUAUUUGCAAAAUGUAAUCAAUGUUUAAGUUCAAUAAAGAUGUACUUCUUUAUAGACCAUGUAUUUUGGUCCUCUUAUAGCUUCAUCAAAUGACAUCAAUCAUUUACCCCUCA